AAAACAUCGUAUAAAAAGCAUCAACUUUGUGUCAAGCUGCACAACAGAGUAGCUGUAAACGUUGUACUUGUAGCGUUGGACAGAUCCAGUUUAAAAUAAAAACAACUGAAAAUAGUUAAAACUAACAUAUUCUCUUUUUCGAAGACUUCUGAAGUUAUCCAGCACUGCUGAUUACCAAUCGUCACCACAAGCAGGCGUAAGAUAAGUACCGUACGGGCGAAGGAACCUAUUGGCCUUGACGAGAGAAACGAUGGUUACAAACUACGAUUAUAGCUUCAGAGUGCUGAUGCUGAGAAAUAGGGAAUUCCACAAACGCAAUAUCUCAAUAGAGCGAGAGAUCUAUUGUUAUCGAGAGAAAUAUCCACAAAAGAAGCCACUGAUUCUGAUUGACUUAAUGCAUCUUGACAAAUUGAGAACCGGUGACAAAGAGGAAUCUAAUCUACGCAACAUUUGUGGACCUGAUUUAAGUCGAUUGAGCAAAUUCGAAUCAUUGCUACGAUUCCUACGAAACCAAUGUAAAGCCGAGCUCGUAUUUUUCGUUGACGGUCCCCAUUCUGGCGAUGUCUAUGAGGAAUGUUUCCGCAGUGUUAAAGUGGAUAGGAAAGAUGAAAGAUACGCAAACGAUAUUGAAUUGAUCGAUAUAAUUGAACGAGGUGAAUACCAUGGUCAAAGGCAUGCUCCGACUGAUCGCAUCCUUUUCCAUUCUAUAAAGACGAUGGCCGAAAGGUAUGGUACUUUAUGGUACGCAUUGACCAAUUCAAGGAAAUUGGAAAUCGCAAAAUAUGCUGUAGAGCAUGCUGCAUUGGCCAUCAUAGCAAAAUCGAGCGAUUAUCUACUCUACGUUGAUAAAAUUCAAAUCAAAAUAUGGGACAUGGCAUUUCUGGAUGUGAAUACAAUGACGGUGUCAGAGAUGGAUCAUCUUACAGUAUGCCGCAGGAUGGGACUAAUAACGGCUGAAAAACGACGCCUCAUGGCAGCUUUACUCCCAGGCUCUGUAAUGGGAUUGCAUGUUCUUGGUGAUGACGUCACCAGAGUGUACGACCUAGUUCAGGCUACGCCAGAGAAGAUUACUGCAGACGUUUAUCGCGAUAUUGCCAACAGACUGUUUGGUUCAGAAGAUAAGGCCAAUGAAUUACAGAAAGCUUGCGAAGUUAUUUACGAUACGGGAAAGAUGCAACUGUCUGUCCAAGAGAAAAAUAUUGAUUACUCGUACGAUGUAUUGGCCAAUCGCACAACAACGUUUACGCUGAUGUUGAAUGAUCUGCGCUAUUGGGAGUCGAGAGACAUCGAUUUGUAUAAGCUUGUGGUCGACUGCCAUGGCAGAAUGGCUGGGUUGGUGUUGAAGCGUGCUGGCUUGCCUUGUGAGCCGGAUACUAUGCGUCGAAUGAGAAUCAAGCGAAACCAUGAAGAAAUAUUUGGGUAUCACUUGAUCAAAGUUGUUUAUCCAUCGUUCGAGGUGAACGUUAGAUCAGAUGAUUCAACAGAAUCAAUCAGUGAAUCAAACAUAGAGUGCCUUAAAUUUGUGCUAGAUUUGGCUUAUUUGUCGAUGGAUCGCUUAAUUCUUCUGGUAGAUAAUCGGCCUGAUGAUAAGCAGUCGAAACUACUGGACUAUGUUACGGUUUAUUUUAUGGUACAAAAAAAUCUGGUCACAUCGGACAUGGCGGAUGUAAUUUUGUUGACCAUCGAACAAUAUUCCAGCGAUGACGAGGGCUUGAAGCGCACACCCUCAAACAUUAACAUGGAGGCGUUUCAUGCAACUUUCAUGUAUGUCCGUUGGAGGUUUUACAUCCACAAUAUACUGAACAUCUGCGAAUUUCCAUCGUUCUGUAUUGAUAAUGAAGCUCAUCUUGAUGGGGUCAUGAUGCAAAAUCUGUACCAGUCGUUCGUAAGAAACCCACAAUCGCUCCAGGAGUACAACAUUGAAGCGGUUCGCGCUAACCGCCUCCAUGAUUGAAUAACGCUUGUUUCUGUUUCAUCAGUGUUAUGCUUCUGUACAAUCUAUAUUUUAACAAUAAAAUAUAACAAAAUGAG